AUCGGAGCGCGCAGACUUGCAUUCUAGAGCUAAAUCAUUUGUUUAGAUCUCACUCUUCCGGCGGACGGCAAAGAACCAACAAACAAGUGAUGCCACCUUCUUAGAAUUCUGAGUCUCUUGAGAACCUGAAAGCUCUUGGUCAUGAACAGCAGCGAAUAGAGAAGGCGAUUGAGAAGGGAAGAUUGUCAAAGCCAUCAAAGGUUGCACCAUCAUCCAAAGACUAUGGGGAUUGAACUAGGAAUUGGUUUCUUAGUAGGUAUUUUCAAUUUCCUAUUGACUCGUGCAAGUAACGACGUCAUUACAAAGAUCCAUGAAUUGAGGAAAUAUAAGAGGAAACUGGAAGUGCUAGAAACGACAAUCUUGAACGCGGAGAACGAGUCUAAAAAGUUGGAAACGUUCCUUUUGGAGGGCAGACUUAAAACUGUAGUGCAAGAUCGGUUGGAUACCCUUACGUUACUUUGCUAUGACGCUGAAGAUCUGAUUGAAGAUAUAGCACUCCUGAUUACUAAAAAUACUACGCCCGAGAAGAAGAAAUUGAACUUUGCAACGAAGUUGAAAUCUCCAGACCCGUUCUUGAAAAUUAGAAAGCUGCAAGAAAAGAUCGAUGAGAUAAUAGCCCAAUUGAAGAUGCUUAUUCCAGAUGACUCAAAAAAAGAAGAUAAAUUAAAGCUGCCUGAUUGGGGGAACAGCUCAACAAGUUGUUUGGUAGGUAGGCAGGAUGACAUCAACGCUAUCAUUGAAAAGUUAUUUUCCAAGAUUAAUAAUGGAGUCUGUAUAGUUGGUAUGCCUGGAGUUGGAAAGACGGCGCUUGCUUUGAAUAUCCUAGAGAACCCAAGAAUUUCCGACAACUUUCAGAUAUCAAAGGUCCAUGUGCAAGAUGGCAUCUUCAAUCCUAAAGAUAGUAUCACUGAGUUGUUGAAUUGCAAGGAAAAAGCGUUAAAGAACAAGAAAAGCAGUUUACUGAUCAUGUUUGACAGAUUGCUCAACGUAAAGCGGCUCGUUGAUUGGGAUGAUUUCUUGUCUAAAGGACGUGAAAUGAGAAACAUAAAUAUAAAGAUCCUCGUCACCACUGUGACUCCACGAGUUUCAGAAAUAUUAAAAACGUUUGAAUAUACUCUCAAACCCUUGCUGAAGGAUGACUGCCAAAAGGUGAUUGUGCAAAAAGGAAUAGUUCAUGACCUGGAACGGCGCCGAUUUCUAGAACGUACUGCUAACAUCAUGGUAAAUAAUUGUGGAGGUCUGCCUGGGGUUGCUAAGUUCCUUGGAAUUAUUCUAGGUACAUGCAAAAUGCAAGAAUGGACCCCAUUCAACUUGUGGGAUCUGCAAGAAUUCAGAGACGAAAUUUAUCCGAUCUUGAGUUGGGCAUAUUCAUAUAAGCAACAUUAUAUGACUAGAUGUCUUGUUUAUUUUGCGCUCUUUCCUGAAGAAUAUGAUUAUAAUGUCGACUACUUGGUCCAACUCUGGGCAGCGGAAGGGUUCGUUGAGCAAGUUCAAGAAGGCAAAAUCUCAUUCAAUGAUAUAGUUCAAAGAUCAAUACUUCAACCUUCCGACGAGCAAAAUUCAAUAUAUAAGUUGCACAAAUUCAACCAUUAUUUAUCAAAAUUAGCCGCUUCAAGAAUAUUUCUGCAGUUUCCUCCAGGUUCGUCUACGUCUCUUCUCAUAGAAAGUGUUCGUCAUUUGUCAUUGUUGUGUGACAUUGACAAACCUUUAUUGAAGAAACUUGAGAAAUGUAAGCGCCUGAGAACGUUGCUUUCCUUGUCCAAUCCAAUAACUGAUGUAAAGGUAACAAUACCUCCCAGUCUUUUUAAGAAACUAAAAUAUCUUCGAGUAUUGGCCUUGAAUAGAACCAAUAUUGAGAACAUACCAGAAUCCAUAGAUAACUUGGAACACCUUCGAUUUUUGGAUCUCUCUUAUACCCUUAUAGAUCAAUUACCUGAUCAACUGUGUAAGCUUCGCAACUUGCAAUUUCUCAAAAUCAAAGACACCAAAUUACGUCAAUUACCAAAAGAUUUUGAAAAUUUGACUAAUUUGCGGUAUGUUGAUUGGGAAAUAGCAGAAAUGAGAAAAUUGAAGCCUGGAAACAUUGGAACUCUUUCUCAUCUUGAGACCCUUCCUUUUUUUCGUGUGAGUAAAGAACCAGAGUUUGCUAUAAAACAGUUGGAGAAUAUGAGCAGUCUUCAGGGUUCAAUUUCCAUAACAGGUCUUGAAAAUGUCGAAAGUGAGGAAAAAUCUAAAGAAGCCAAGUUGUGUGGAAAGGAUAAACUGAAAAGGAUAGAGCUAGAAUGGACAACACGUAGUUCAGAUUGUGAACAGGUUCUCAAUGGCCUAGAACCUCAUGAUAACUUGAAAGAACUAGUAAUAAAGAACUACAAUUCUGCCGUGUUUCCGAAUUGGAUGUCUAAUCCCUCUCUUUUGCUUGAGAAGAUACACUUGAAUACAUCUCCUUCUUGUGAUACCUUACCACCGCUUGCGGAACUCCAGUGUCUCGAAACCCUUUUCUUCGAGGAGUUUCCCAUGUUAAAAUCUGUGAAGAGUCUUUUUCAUGAAGUGUCCACAACUAAAAGUUUUAUAUCAUUGAAAUCAUUGACUCUCAAGAGUAUGGCUAAGCUUUGGGACUGCACAUAUCUGGAAUCAAAUGUUUUGCCUUCCCUUUGCAUUCUCAAAAUCCUAAGUUGUCCAGAGCUCGAAAACUUGCCCACACUCGAAGAUUUUACUUCAUUACACACAUUAGAAAUUGAAGAUUGCCCAGAACUAAAUUCCUUACCAGACCUUCCAAAGUCAUCACUUAGGUCACUCAUAGUAAGAAAUUGCAAUGUGCUUAAAGAUCGAUGUGAACCUAAAGGUCAGGAUUGGCCUAAGUUCCAACAUGUUCCGCACGUAGAGAUUGAUGGUAAGGUGGUCAGAAGUCCAUCAGAUGCUUCGAACGCCGUCCCUGCUUCUCGGAAUCAGCAGAUUGAUGGUACUCCUCCAGAUUGGGUUUUUCAGGGUCAUAUACUUGACAAGAACAAUGAAGUAGCCAUAUUCGGCCAAAUAAAAGAAUGUAAAGAAUCGGAAGUUCAGAGUGAUGAGGAGGAAUUUGCGUCCGCAUGUGAUUCAAUUGACAUCUCUUCUCCAGCUGAUAUUGAUGAUGAGGUUUUGAAGCAGGUUUCAUGCCGACCAAAGGCCGCCAUUUCGGAUGAAGGAAUGCAAGCUUAUUCCAAUGGUUUAAGUAGCCAAACUGACACAUCUAAAGAUACUUGGAUCGAGAAGCCAAAGAUCGACUGUCUCACUGCUGAAUGCUUACAGCUAUAUGAGAAAGCGCGUGCUAUCUCAGAUGAUAAACCUAUAGAGGUGAAGUUGGAUUCCAAGCAAUUCAACUACAAAAAGGAUGCAUCGAUAUGGGUGUCUAAAGUUGAUAUCAAAGAGUUCCUUUGCAAAGAGAAGUUGAAUGUUUCCUUGAUUCAAGUCUUCAUGAGAUUACUCCAAAAUGAUCAUUGUGGACGCAAUUGCAUACCAGAGCAAUUUGGGUGGUUAUGUCCAAGUACGAUCAGAGCUGACAUACGUUUGACUAACGGAGUUGAGGUGGAGGAGUCUAUUCAUCAAAGUGUCGACAAAUCUAUUUCUACAAAAAAGAAUUUCAUACUUGCCCCUUGUGUUGAAGGUGGCCAUUGGUCGCUCCUUGUGAUUUGUCCUAAAAACAACACAGUUAAUCAGUUUGAUUCUUAG